AGCUUUUUCCCUAGAGGAAAUACCUUGGCCAGGCGUGGUGACUCAUUCCUGUAAUCCCAGCACUUUGGGAGGCUGAGGCAGGCAGACAGCUUGAGCUCAGGAGUUCAAGAGCAGCCUGGGGAAACAUACUGAAACCCCGUCUCUACAAAAAAAUACAAAAAUUAGCUGGGUGUGGUCAUACAGCGCCUGUAACUUCUAGCUACUCAGGAGGCCAAGGUGGGAGUUCGAGGCUACAGUAAGCCGACUGACAGAGCAGGACCCUGUCUCAAAGAAAAGAAAAAACCCUGGUAAUAUCCCGGAUUGCUACAAAGAAACAGGAAGCUGCCAGAGGUUUGUUGGAUUUGAGGAGUCUGGAGCGCUGACCCGCUCUGUCUGCGUGGACUGUUUCCGUGGAUCUUGUGGACCCUGAAGUUGCCACGUGUGUGUGCCUGCUCCAGAAAAGAAAGGAAGCCACCAUUUUCCCACCCUUUAGAGUGCAGGGAAGUGUGUCUAACAGCAGAAGCAAACAGUCCAGUCUUCAGCUAGGGACACCUACCAGGAUGUCCCAAAGACUAAGCCCUGGGUUCCAGCACAGCGUCGCAGAAGAUGCCUGUUGUGAAGCACACCUGGAACAAACACAGCUGUUCUGUGAUACUGACCAGAUCACACUCUGCAGCAAAUGCGUCCAGUCCCAGGACCACCAGCAUCACAGGGUGUGCGGAAUACAAGAGGCUGCUGAGCAUUACGGGAAGUUAUUCCAGGAAACAUUGAACACACUGAGGGAGAAACUGGAAGCAGCUAAAAGCAUAUUGACCGAUGAGCAAGAAAGAAUGGUGAUGAUUCAGGAAGAGGAACAACAUUUUAAAGAGAUGAUCGAGUCUGAGUACAAUAUGAGACUCCGGUUGUUGAAUGAAGAGCGUGAGCUGAAUCUCCAGAGGUGGCAUGGGUGCAUAGCUGACUUGAACUUGAGAGAAGCUCGUCUCAAUCAGCUGAUGAAGCUCGCCACGGAGCUAGAGGAGAAGUUCCAGGAAAUGCUACAGAGACUGGGCCAUGUGGGGAGAGAGAACAUGAGGAAGCUGAAGGAGAGUGAAGCCAGGGUUUCUGAGCAGAUCUGCGGCCUCCAGACGCUCACCGCGGAGCUUGAGAAGAAGUGUGGGGACGGCGCCUUAGCGUUGCUCAAGAAUGCAAAAGACUCUUUGGAAAGGAGCAACGCACUGCUGCUUGAGAAUCUAGAGCCUGCUCAUAUCACAGACCUGAGUUUAUGCCACAUAAGAGGACUGAGCAGCAUGUUCAGAGUAUUCCAAAGACAUUUAACUUUGGAUCCUGAAACAGCUCAUCCCUGCCUGGCCCUGUCUGAGGACCUGAGAACUGUGAGACUGAGAAAUUCCCAGCAGGAUACACCUGGCAGCCCAGAAAGACUGAACUUCAGUGCCAUGGUGCUGGGUGCAGAACGCUUCACCUCGGGGAGGCACUAUUGGGAGGUGCACGUAGAAAAGGCCACCAGCUGGCAAGUGGGCAUAUCCUACAGCUCUGCCUACAGGAGGGGCAGCUCGCCCAGAGCCUCCGGAGAGAAAGUCUUACUCACGGGGUCAGUGAUGGCAGCGGAGCCUACGCUCUGGGUCUUUCCCCCUUUGAAAAGGGUCUUUCUGGAAAAGCAGUUGCAUACAGUUGGAGUUUUCCUUGACUAUGAAUAUGGGCAGAUAUCAUUCUACAAUGUGACCGAGAGUUCCCUCAUUUAUAAUUUCUCCCACCUCGCCUUCCAAGGAGUUCUCAGGCCGGUGUUUUCCCUUUGUAUCCCAAACGGAGACACAAGUUCAGACUCCCUCACCAUCUCCCCUCAGGACAGUCCUUCCUGCGAUGCCACCGUUAGCCCUUAAUCUUGCACGUGCAGAAUCCAAGACCACAAGAGACCAGAAAGUUUGAGAACAAGACUUUGAAAGAAUGUUUGAAAACUAACCCAAUAAAAAGUGUUCUAGGAGUUGGAGCCCGAUUUGAUAUCCCAGAGCCGUUGCAUUUGUGUGACAACACCUGUGUGUUGGCGGAGGUUGCACUCGACCUGAAUCGUGAAUGAUUAUAAAGGGGAGACCCUACACUAAUUAGAACAAACGCAUGUGCAUCAGAGGAAACAUAGUCUGGGGUGCGUAGAACUAGGAUAGGAACUCGAUGUAUUUCUGAAACAUUUGCAGAAUCGGGUAUAGUCAAGAAUGAGCAGGGCUGGAGAAGUGAGUGCGCCGCCGUGCGGAACAGACGUCCCCUUACAGGAUCAGGACUUCCUAAGAUUUUCUUACUCCAAACAGAGAAGAAUAACUUAUCUGGCUAUUUUUUGUGGAUAGG